AUGCUGCUGCUGGCGGCCGCCUUCCUCGUGGCGUUCGUGCUGCUGCUCUACAUGGUGUCUCCGCUCAUCAGCCCCAAGCCCCUCGCCCUCCCCGGGGCGCAUGUGGUGGUGACCGGAGGCUCCAGCGGGAUUGGAAAGUGUAUUGCUAUCGAGUGCUAUAAACAAGGAGCGUUUAUAACUCUGGUGGCACGAAAUGAGGACAAGCUGCUGCAGGCAAAGAAAGAAAUUGAAAAGCACUCUAUUAAUGAUAAACAGGUGGUGCUUUGUAUAUCAGUUGAUGUAUCUCAAGACUAUGGCCAAGUGGAGAAUGUCAUAAAACAAGCACAGGAAAAACUGGGCCCCGUAGACAUGCUUGUGAACUGUGCGGGAAUGGCGCUUUCGGGAAAAUUUGAAGACCUUGAAGUUAGUACUUUUGAGAGGCUAAUGAGCGUCAACUACUUGGGCAGCGUGUACCCCAGCCGAGCCGUGAUCACCACCAUGAAGGAGCGCCGCGUGGGCCGGAUAGUCUUCGUCUCCUCCCAGGCAGGGCAGCUGGGAUUAUUUGGUUUUACGGCCUACUCUUCAUCUAAGUUUGCCAUCAGGGGAUUGGCUGAGGCUCUACAGAUGGAGGUGAAGCCAUAUAACGUCUAUGUCACAGUGGCCUACCCACCGGACACAGACACCCCCGGGUAUGCGGAAGAAAACAAAACUAAGCCUCUGGAGACUCGCCUGAUUUCAGAGACCAUUUCAGUUUGUAAACCAGAGCAAGUGGCCAAACAAAUUGUUAAAGAUGCCAUACAAGGAAAUUUUAACAGUUCCAUCGGCUCAGAUGGGUACAUGCUCUCGUCCCUGACCUGUGGAAUGGCUCCUGUGACUUCUAUUACUGAAGGGCUCCAGCAGGUGGUGACCAUGGGCCUCUUCCGCACCAUUGCUCUGUUUUACCUUGGAAGUUUCGACAGCAUAGUCCGUCGCUGCAUGAUGCAGAGAGCGAAAUCCGAAGUCACAGACAAAACUGCCUAAUUCUUACCCCUGGAGAAAAGACUAUUUCUAAAUACUCUGAACGGCUUGCUGCUUAAAGGGACCCAGUUUUUGGCCUACAGACACUUACGUGUUGCUUUUGACUGUGUGAGAUUGGACCAGCGCUCUUCACAAACCCGGCCACAGGGAAAGGGACCGAAGUUCAGCUCCAGGCGAUGUUAUUCAUACUAUGCAAAUAUGGAACAGGCGGCCCCUGUUGUCUGAGGUGGAGACAUGAUGACCGUACGGGACCGAAUGGCAUGUGAGCGGGGAACAAGAACGUCAUUCCAGAGCGAUCAUUUACAUUCUUCUCUUUUUUCUCUUUUUCUUCCUCCACUAAGAUUAAGUCCAAAAAUGUACCUUAUGAUACAUAGGACAAAAUCUUGACAUUUUUAACCUUCUGUGAAAGGCAGUUUAUGGGUUUCUGGGGCCUUCCCCCCGCCCCCCCCGCCCUCUUUUUAACGUGACGUAUUUUAUUCAAGAGGAGUUUCACACACUGCUGGAGUGUCUGAAGGCAAGAGAAAGCCCCUGACUCACAGUGCUCCUGGCAGACACUCCUCGCUUCUCUCUCUCUCUCUGAUCCCAUAAAACUACAGGGGAUGAGAGAGGGCAGGGCGGUGGAAGGGAAAGAGAGAAGUAUCUCCCAGGAGGAAAAAUUACACUUUCCUGCCUUCUUUAGGUAGACUCGAAUGCUUAGAGCACUUUGCAUUUUUCAUUCCUGGGGAAAGGCAGCCUCCCAAAUUUUUUUCUGAAGAGAAAUAAAAUCUUAGAAGCUUAAAAGUUUACAAUUUCUUCAAUAGCCAUGGUGAUGUGGAACCCGCCCUUUCCGUUAGAGGGGUCUUUUCAUUCUUCCCAUCCCUUCCAUUCCAAUUUUGCUGAUUCUGCUCUAAUAUUUUUGUAAAAAACCAAAAACCAAAACACCAAAACCAAAACCAAAAAAUGACCAGUGAAAAUUUUUUGACUUGACUUUUUAAAUUAACUCAUGAAUUAAUUAAAAACAGAUGGAAAAAAAAUGAAAAAGUGUGACAUUCUUCUCGUAGCAAACAUGUAGCUUUUAAGAAAGGCUGAUGAGCGUACAUUUGUAUUUUCCUCGUUAAGGAAAAGAAGAUAGGACAGGGCCGACUGUGCAGAUGUCCAGUUUGGGAGAGAAAGUGAUCACCCAUCCUUUCUGUGACUCCUGCUGACCCAGAGAACCUUCUCUUCAUGCCAUGUGGUAAGGAAGCCCAGUUACCACCUCUGCCACGGAGCCCUGGGACCCUCUCGGCCCCGUGAGUGCUGUUUUCAGAUCCCAGGCUCUGUGGUUUCGUUAGUGGAUUUCCACAAUAAGUGCCUCUGAUGAGUUUGGCCAACAUUCCCUGCUUCAUGCUAUCACUGUAACUUGCCCCCCCUGCUUAAGGACAGUCACCUUCCUCAUAAUGUUAUCCCCACCCCCCGCAUAUACAAAUAUGCAUAUACUAUGCAUACAAGACAUUAAAGACUUAAAAAUGAUGGCAAACCUGUUUUGCUCUUGAGUUUUUGAACCUCUUGACUUCAAAAUGACUUAAUUUUUUUUCUUUAAAGUAAGAUGUUGAAUGGCUUUCCCCCAUGGUAUCCUUUUAAUGAGGAUCUGGGAAUGGCAUAUUUUAACACUGACAAAGAUAGAAGAAAUUAUUAUUUAAUAUAUACAUUGCUUGGAAUGACUCAUUGCAGUUUAUGGGGGUGGGUGGACGCCAUCAUCGUUUCAUGAAUCUUUCAGUCUUACAUGGCCAUCGUUAGUGAACAAGGUUAGGUCAUAUUUCACAGCCUCUAAGAGAGAGUAAUGGCUAUAUUUUCCUUAAUUCGCAGAAAACAUUCAUGUGAAUAUCUGGACGUUUCUCACUUUUAUUUUUUUCUCUCAUAAAGGUUCCUUGAAUAUUGGCACUUUCUCCUGCUGGUCUAUAUGAAAAUCUAGUCCAAGAUGGUGUCUCAUUUAAUAAUACAAUUACCUAUUUAACAUAUACAUUUCUCAAGGUAUCCUCAUAGACUAUACUGUUACCUCCGGGUAAUCUGCUACCUGAACAAAUUUAAGAGCCCCUGUCCCGUGGCAGGAAAUGUUAUCCCCAGCCCAACUGACACUCUCAUGAGAGGACAUUUUGUAGAAAUCAAAAUGUAGGGGAGUGAGCUUUUUUUUUUUUUAAUCAGAGAUGGCAAAGGGCCAAAGCUCUAUAUCCAGAAAGGUUUGAAAACUAAGGUGUUUUUUUCCACUCUUUCUAAAUUUAGUGCCAUUAUUCAUUUGAUAGCAAAACCUGACGUAUUAUAGUUUUGAUUUACCCAUUUCAUCUAAUCAUUCAUUUUUCCUGAAGAAACACCAGUGAGUGAUUGUCAGUACUGCCCCAGAUUCCAUGGAGAUGUUCCAUCGUAUCCAGUACGUGCCCCACAUGCCUUUUCCAAAUCUAACAAAUUAAGAAAUCUGAGACUCAUCUGGCCUAAGGGUUUGGUAAAGGGUUAUAGACAGUCAGCCUCACACAAAGAUCUGACUUCGUCCAAAACAUGAAAAUAUGACAAAGGCAACUUCUAUUUUUUAUCUUUUUUGGCUCAAUUUUUAUUCUUUUUUUUUUUUUUUUUUACGCAGACUUGUUUUCUUUUGCUCAGGAGAAGGAAAACAACAAAAAAAACAUGCGUCAGAUUGUUCAGGAAACUAUUGGCUUUUUUUUUUUUUAAAGGGGUCAUUGAUGGAACAGAAAUGGGGAUGUGUCCCCUGUGUCAGAAGGAGUUUAAUUACAGUUCUGUUGACACGUGGCUUUCUGUUAGUAGCCAACAAGUUUGUUGUGUGUCAGUUCUAAUGUUCUUGCCUCUGCUGGCUUUGGUUUUACUGUUUAAUUAUAGUAUAUUUGUGAGUAUAUUUAUUUAAAAAUGCCUGAUGUCAUUCAUCCAUAGAAAUUCCAAAGUAUGUUCAAGGACCCUUCCUUAUUGAGAAAGGUUUACAAAAGAAGCCUCAUUUCUUUUGACAGAAAACAAAGCAGUUGUUCUUUUCUGUAUUUGUUAAUAUUUAAUUUUCAAAGCUGAAAAGAGAAGAAAUUGAAAAUGCUGUCAAUAAUGGCCUCUGUAUGUUAAUAGGGAUAUAUGUUAUAAAUUUAUUUGUUAGACCACGUACUAUUGAUUCUUGGAAGUGAAACCUUGAGAGAUCGAUUCUAAUAUUUAGAUGACAAGAGCGUUUUGGAAAUAGUUGCUUCAAUUCAAAGAAUUGCAUGUCUUUGUCUUUCUAGAAGAAGGCGAUACCAUAUUUUUUUUUUUACUGAAUUGUAUCAUCAACAGAUUUAAUUUUAUUAUGUCAUGUUCUAAUUUAAACAUGUCUUACUCAUAUGAGGACCCUCUUAAAUAUUCAUAGUCUUUGACAUACGAUGCUUCGUAUCUCUCUCAUGUCCUUAGUUCUUAUUAGUAACUCGGCUUUAAACAGUACGUACUAACCAUAACCCUCCAUAUCCUGCACUAAAUCUUGUUUAGUUCAGUGCAGUGAUGGCAGAAUUUGAUAUUUUGAAAAGGAGAUAGUAGCUAUUAUAUUUUACACUUGCUUGAUGGGGCAACUUUAAAGACGUUUUUAAAGUGUGAGAAUGCACAUGGCUAUUUUGAUAUAUAUUAGAACUUGUGUUUGCUACUUUGGAAGCUUUUGUGGCAGAAUUGUAACCUAAUUUUCAUAUCUUGUAUUUCUGAAUCACAACAACAAAAAAAAUAAAUGGGGAACACGCUUUACA